CUCCCAGGAGACUUCUCAGGACCUAUGGGAGGUGGUCCCUGCUCCCUCGGGGCUGGCGAGGGCCUGCCUCCGGGACUUCCUGCCCACUGGUCAUACGCCCAAUGCCCCGAUGUGGAUGAGUGCCGGCUGGGCCUGGCACGGUGCCACCCCCUGGCAUCCUGCCUGAACACACCAGUCAGCUAUGAGUGUCACUGUGGGCAUGGUUACCAUGGUGAUGGUGUCACCCACUGCAACCAGACGUGCCUGGAGGACUGUGGCCAUGGCACAUGUAGCGGUCCCCCUGACUUCACCUGUAUGUGUGACCUGGGCUGGACCUCAGAUCCCCCCCUGCCCACGCCAGCCCCUGGGCCCCCUGCCCCUCUCUGCUCCCGAGACUGCGGCUGUAACUUCCACAGCUAUUGCCAUACGCAGGGGCCGGGCGUCUGUGACGAGUGUCAGGACUGGACCUGGGGCGAGCAGUGUGAGCGGUGCCGGCCAGGCAGCUUUGGCAAUGCCACGGGGCCUGGGGGCUGUCAGCCCUGUCAGUGCAACGGGCACGGGGACCCUCAGCAGGGCCACUGCGACGGCCACACUGGGCUCUGCUUUUGCCAGGACCACACCGAGGGAGCCCACUGUGAGCUCUGUGCACCCGGCUACUAUGGGGACCCUCGGGUUGGGGGCUCUUGUUUCCGAGAGUGUGGGGGCCGUGCCCUACUCACCAAUGUGUCCUCAGUGGCACUGGGCUCCCGCCGAGCGGGGGGACCCCCCCAAGUGGGCAGUCAAGCUGGGCCAGGGCUGGCCUAUUGUGUUUGGGUGGUGUCAGCCUCUGAGAACUUGGAGCCCUGCCCUCCUGGGGUGCCCUGCCCCCCACUGACCCUCACCUUCUCCCCAGACAGCAGCACCCCUUGCACGCUGAGCUACGUCUUGGCCUUCGAUGGUUUCCCCCGAUUCCUGGACACAGGCGUCGUACAGUCUGACCGUAGCCUCAUUGCGGCCUUCUGUGGCCAGCGGCGAGACCGGCCCCUCACGGUGCAGGCCCUCUCAGGGCUGCUGGUCCUGCACUGGGAGGCGAAUGGUUCAUCCUCGUGGGGUUUCAAUGCGUCCGUGGGCUCUGGCCGCUGUGAAAUGGGGCCAGGGGGUCCUGGGAGCUGCCCAGCCCCCCAAGAGUGUGUCCCCGAGGAAGCAGGAGGAGGCGGUGCUGGCCGCUGCCGCUGCCCCCCAGGCUGGGCUGGUCCUGCCUGCACCCUCGCCCUCUGUCCUGGGAACUGCUCUGCCCAUGUUGGGGGUGGCAUCUGUAACCAGAGUCUAGGAUUGUGUGUCUGCUUCGAAGGUUUUGGCGGAGCGGACUGUGCCACACGUCUGGAUGGGGGGCAGCUUGUCUGGGAGACCCUCCUUGAUAGCCGCCUUUCUGCUGACACAGCGAGCCGAUUCCUGCACCGUCUUGGCCACACCAUGGUUGAGGGGCCCGACUCAACCCUGUGGAUGUUUGGGGGCUUGGGCUUACCCCAAGGGCUGUUGGGAAACCUGUACAGGUACUCGGUUGGGGAGAGGCGCUGGACCCAGAUGCUGGCGGGCUCCGAGGAUGGGGGCCCCGGACCUGCACCCCGCUCCUUCCAUGCGGCGGCCUAUGUGGCUGCCGGUCGAGGCGCCAUGUACUUGCUGGGUGGCCUCACAGCAGGAGGGGUGGCCCGAGACUUCUGGGUCCUCAACCUCACCACCUUGCAAUGGCGCCAGGAGAAGAGCCCUCAGGCCCUGCUGCUUCCUGCCGUGGCUGGCCACACGCUGACCUCACGGCGAGGCUUGUCCCUGCUGUUGGUCGGGGGCUAUUCACCCGAAAACGGCUUCAACCAGCAGCUCCUGGAGUAUCAGCUGACCACGGGCACGUGGCUGGCUGGGCCGUCAAGUGGGACACCCCCCACUGGCCUCUAUGGCCACUCGGCCGUCUACCACGAGGCCACGGACUCGCUGUACGUCUUCGGAGGCUUCCGCUUCCACGUGGAGCUGGCCGCCCCGUCCCCUGAGCUUUACUCCUUGCACUGCCCCGACCGGACCUGGAGCCUGCUGGCCCCUUCCCAGGGGGCAAAGCCCCGGCCCCGGCUCUUCCAUGCGGCAGCCCUGCUUGGGGACACCAUGGUGGUCCUGGGCGGCCGCUCGGAGCCAGACGAGUUCAGCAGCGACGUCCUGUUGUACCAGGUCAACUGCAAUGCGUGGCUGCUGCCCAACCUCACCCGUCCAGCCUCCGUGGGCCCCCUGAUGGAGGAGUCUGUGGCCCACGCUGUGGCGGCCGUGGGGGGCCGUCUCUACCUCUCUGGGGGUUUUGGGGGGGUGGCCCUGGGCCGCCUGCUGUCUCUGAGCUUGCCCUCGGACCCCUGCCACCUGGUGCGUUCCCCCGAGGCUUGUAACGGCUCGGGCGCGUGCAACUGGUGCCACGGAGCGUGCCUGUCGGGAGACCAGGCCCAGAGGCUGGGCUGCAGCAGCCCCUCGUGCUCCCCGAUGCCCCGGACGUCCGAGGAUUGCCGCCGGCUGCGCACCUGCAGCGAGUGCCUGGCCCGCCACCCCCGGACCCUGAGGCUGGGGGAAGGGGAGGAGGCCGCCCCGCCGCGGUGUAAAUGGUGCACCAACUGCCCCGAGGGGGCCUGCAUUGGCCGCAAUGGCUCCUGUACCUCCGAGAACGACUGCCGCAUCAACCAGCGAGAGGUGUUCUGGGCCGGCAACUGCUCCGAGGCGGCCUGCGGGGCGGCCGACUGCCAGCAGUGCACCCUGGAGGGCAAGUGCAUGUGGACGCGGCAGUUCAAGCGCACCGGGGAGACCCGCCGCAUCCUCUCUGUCCAGCCCACGUAUGACUGGACCUGCUUCAGCCACUCGUUGCUCAACGUGUCCCCGAUGCCCGUGGAGUCCUCACCCCCGAUGCCCUGCCCUACGCCCUGCCACCGACUCCCCAACUGCUCCUCCUGCCUCGACUCCAAGGGUGCGGACGGGGGCUGGCAGCACUGUGUGUGGAGCAGCAGCCUCCAGCAGUGUCUGAGCCCGUCUUUCCUGCCUCUGCGCUGCCUGGCAGGGGGCUGCGGGCGGCUGCUGCGAGGGGCAGAGAGCUGCUCCCUGGGCUGUGGCAACGCCCCCCAAUGUGCCCUCUGCCUUCGACGCCCACACUGCGGCUGGUGUGCCGGCGGGGACCCCGGCCAGGACGGGGCAGGACUGUGCAUGGAGGGCGGCCUCAGUGGGCCCCGAAACGGGCUGACCUGCGGGCACGGAGAUCCUAGGGCUUCCUGGGCCUUCCUGUCCUGCCCUCCUGAGAACGAGUGUGUUAACGGGCACCAUGACUGCAAUGAGACCCAGGACUGCCACGACCGGCCUCACGGCUACGAGUGUACCUGCAAGACCGGCUACACCAUGGACCA